GUGCCAUUUACUUUCUCUCUCCGCCGACCGUGCUCAAAGAUACAUUGUCUUUGUCCCUGGUGAAUCUUAUUUUGGGUACAUCACUGACGCUUUCUUGAGGGCUGAACCUUGCCCACACCCUCCUCAUACACUUCCAGCACUCGUUAACGCCGUGUCCUCAUGGUUGUCUCGCAUCUCCCCGCGGAGGCGUGCCCUUGCCGCUCAAAUACAGCUCUGCAGACGCGCGCCUGACUCAUUGGGUUUGUCAGAGCGUACAGUGAGGUAAGCAGAGCCGCGCUACCCACGCUGAGGAGAACAUGCGAUCGACUCCAACCAUAUCCACUGCCCACAUUGAGAAACAGCGCGUUCGUCUCAGUGUAUCGUGAAGCGCCGUUGCCGAUUUAGGUGAGAAAAGUUUUAGGAGUUAGGUGGGAAAAGUUCUAGGAGGUGACAAAAGCUACGACGGUUUGGACGUCUACUUUCCCUUCAGCUGUUUGUGGAAAACGCAUGAUUUACCUGUGCCGGACCAAAAGCGAAGAUUGCAUGAAAGAUCUCAAGGCUAUACUGCGUUGCGCCAUACUGGGAGGCUUACUGGAUAAGCAGGAGAAGCAUCCCUGUGACUCCAAAAAAGUGUCUCCGCUUCUAUCGUCUCCCACGAUGGCCCUGUCCUCCUUCCAUCUGAUGCAAACUCUAAAGAACUCUCCGGCGGCUCUGCGUCGACGAUUCCGUCGCGACCGAACGGAGAGCCUGUCUCACGGCGAUCCCCUCUUCAAGGUGCACUACCUCGGCACCAAGAAAAUCUUCUCCCUGGACUUGGAGCAGGCGGAGGAUGCCAUCGAUCGACUCCUGGAUGGAGCCCCUGGGAAGCUUUCUAAAGAUCAUGCCCUAGUAGUGCGACCCCGAUAUGUCGAAGUUAAAGAACUGAGCACCGGAAGGCAGCUCACCAAGACCUACUUGCAGGAUAUCGCGUACUGCGCCUCACACACGGCCAGACCCAAUGUGUUUCUGUACAUCUGCAGGCAGCCAGGUCAGCAGCUGCAAUGCAGAGUGUUCUGGUGCAGUCGGGCAGAAAGGGCAAAGGACAUGACAGCCUGCUUGGCAAUGUCGUUUCAGAGAGCGCUAAAUGACUGGCAAGGUGGAUGCGCCACGUUGCCGCAAGGCGAAGGGAUCACUAAAGAGCCAGAGAUUUCUGGUACGCCCACUGCACCCAAAGGGUCAACGUUGCCAGCUAGUUUGGGAAAAGUCCGUUGGAAGAAGAGGGGGUCGGUGUCCCGCAGUCCUCUCCGUGCCAUUUCCAGAAGAGGUUCUGCCAGUGACAACUGGCAUUGAUGGUCCCCGUCCCACCCUGAACAUUGACCAUGUUAAUUUUGUGAUGCUUGGGAUUUUCCAGCAUGGAAUGUGAGGAAACGGACACCACACCUACAACUGGUGGAACUAUUGAGCUUUGCGUUUGCAACUCAAUUUCAGAGUCUGUAUUCUAAACAGCCACUGCAUUUGAGUUUACGGAUUUACCAAAGUGAUAAAAUGUAGGUUUCCAGAGAUCACUUUUUUGGUUUAAGAAAUUGAUGGGUUCAGUCAUGCAGGUUUAAAUUUCAUCUCAGUUUGCUUAAGGACUAUGAGACACAACCAAAACUGCUAACCUGAGCUGAACUGGUAUCUAGUUUUAAAGCCAUGUAUAUAUCACAGAGUUGAGUUUUUCUAGUCAGUCUGUUAAUGUGACUGAUGAGCAGUCAGACAGGCUUUGUUUGUGUUAGAGGUGUCAGGUGAGGAUCUGUGUGGGAAGUGGGUGGAUGCAUGGUAAACAGUUGCAGGACCAGGACCUAAAAGUAAGCGCUUUGGAAAAGUGUUUCUAUCCCAAAUGCACAAAGGAAGCAAUGCUUUUUAUGCUGUAAAUGGGCGUUUUAUUCUAAACUACUGUAUGCUUUAACAUGCU